AUGGACGUUUCAUUUUACGCACGAGAUGAUAUCAAGCUAGUGGGCAGGUGGCACCUCACGAAGCAGCCAGUGCAAGGCGUGGCUGUAAUUUCUCAUCCAUACGGCUACUACGGGGGCUCGCAGGACAAUCCUAUCGUGCAGCUUCUCGUGCGCUUUUACCUGAACAAGGCAUGCUGCGUGCUUACGUAUAAUGCUCGUGGAGUGCACCCAUCAGGAGGGCGUGUCUCUUGGACGAUGCGCGCGGAGUGUGACGAUAUGCAGGCAGCAGUAGACUACGCGAUGCAGCUUGGGAGUGAAAAAAUGUAUGAUAGAGCUAACGAGGCACAAGUGCAUGCAUGGGUACCCCAUGUGUAUAUUGCGGGUUACAGUGCAGGUUCGAUGCAUGCAUCCGCUGUGCGGCCGAAGCUUGAGGGUGCAUGGACCGGUGCUCAUGUUUCAUACCUGAUACUAUCAUAUCCACUGGGUGUCCGAUGGGCGCUCACUUGUCUGCAGACACAUUUCUUUGUUAAGUGUCUCGAUGAGCUCGUCAACCUAGCUCGUACAUCGGAGCAUGUGUCGCUAGACGUUCUGUAUUGCACACGCGAUCAGUUUACGUCGACACCCACAUACGAUGCAUGGGCCGAGCGCAUGCGUUCCUUAUGGCCGGCCGUGAGCCUCCACAGUAUUGACGCAGACCACAUGUUUUCAACGGCUGAUGCGCCGCAGACACUGUUGGACGUCCUACAUCGCUGUUCACGUUCAUAG